AUGGACGCAACGAGGCUCUCACCAGAAGACUAUGGUGCAAGGAUGUGGAACGAAACAACUCGAAAAUCCACACCGUCGUCGUCGCACAGUUCCAGCGGUGACGAGUACGAGAACCAGAGAAAGUACAGCGCCGAGCAAGUCGCCGCAGCACGUCAGUCGCAGCCCAACAACCGACAGCUAUCAGACCAUUUGAGUCGACUAACCUUGCAUGCACGCAACGUAGGAGAGCGCCUCGACGCCUUCACGGAAAGGGGUGACAGCCUCCCCGUCACCCCCAACGCCACCGACGACCACUCCCAACGGUGUGAGACCUGCGGAGUCAAGCCUGCCGCGAUGAAAGCAAAGAAGGCCUUCAUCGACGCCGCAUACAAGGACCUGAAAGUCCUUAAAUUCGAGCUCAUCCGGGAGCGCGGUGAAUGGGAGGAUUUCGAGGCCAAGCAGGCCAUGCUUGACUCGAGAAUGAAGAGACACAACCAUGAGCGGACAGACAUCAUGGAAAGGAGAAAGGAGUAUCGGGAGAAGAACAGGGCGCUGCGGAAGCGGGAGGCGGCCUGUGAUGAGAGAGAGAACAAAAGAGCGGAUGGGAGAGCGGCGAAGGAGGCGAGACUCGAGAAGGCCGAGAGGGAGAUCAACGCCCGUGAACGCGCCGUCCGGGCCAUGGAGCGAAGUCUGAACAAGGAAUUCGCGGCGAAUGAAGCCAUGCUCGCACGCACAAGGCCAAGAGUUGGAUGCAACACGUUAGAUGUUCAUCGCUCGACAAACUCAAGUGCAAGACAGUCGGACUCCCCAAUCAACUACUUCACAACCCAGUCGCCAGCUCCUCCCGGGGCAUCGCUGGGAUAUAAUCAGAUCACCUUCGAAAGCCAGAUGGUGCAAGUCCAUGAUUCCGGUGCCCUUCAAGUCGACUUCUCAUUCCCCGACGACGGACCGCCUGUUCACACAACGGCCACCACGGUGUCGAGAGCCGUGUCCGCGGCAAUUGAUAGCGCGGGUCGAAAAUGGGAAGACCUGGUGUGCACCGACGAUCUGCGGGAGCUAUCCGGAGGGGACGGGAGUCGCUGCGUCUGGUCGACGCUGUACCGUGACGCAGGCGGUUGGUUUGACGGCAGUUACGGGUACAGCUGUAAGAGCUGCCAGGCCGAGAGACGACUCUGUCUCGUGUACAUCGCGAGCCAGAUGUAUCUGCUCCCGCUGUCACCAGAGAAGAGGAGUACUGAGGAUGCGAAGAACAUUGGGUACUGGAUCAUGACAGAAGUCACAAAUCCACAGAAGCGUAAGCGUGGAGUCUGA